UUGGGAAGUGCCCGGAUGUCGCUCCACCCCUCCUCCGUUUUCGAAAGGGGCGGGCCCAAAAGCAGCCGGCGAGUUGGAAGAAGCGGCGGCGGCAUCAAAAUGGCGGUCGCGACCCGAGGGCUGACUGUGAGUUUCUAUGGUCGGCAUCUUCCCAGGACCAGGGUGUGGCGCUCUUCGGGAGGUCUGAAUAUGACCUUAGCUGUUCCCUUUUCCAUGUGCCGUUGCUGCUGGCUGUGCCAAAGUGCCAGGCACCGGGUGUUUUCUACCGCAUUCUGCAGCAGGUCGCCAGCCAGGAACAGCAGCUACUAUGACCUGCUGGGGAUCAAGCAGGAUGCCACCCUGGAGGAGAUCAAGCAGGCCUUCUUCAGCAAGUCAAAGAAGCUCCACCCUGACAGUGACCCAGGCAACCCUGAGCUGCACAGCCAGUUUGUGAAGCUCAACGAGGCCUACCGGGUGCUCAGCAAGGCCAGCAGCCGGAGGCGCUACGACAGCACACAAGCAGCCCAAGAAGCUCGGCCUCCCCCAGGCAGCCAUGGCAGUAGCACCAGCAGUAGCGCCUGGAGGAAGCCUUUUGAUUUGGGUGACUUCGGGAAAAGGAGCGCAUCAGAGCCCAACGAGGAUGUACGGUAUUGGCAACAGUUCCACCACUCUCCUUCAGAGUCAUUCUCAGGCCCCGAGUUCGAGAGGAAGCGUCGCCAGAACAGAUACAUCUUUGGGUACUGUUUGCUCGUCAUAGUGGGCGGCUUAGCUGCCCACUACAUAGGAUUCAGGAAGCUGGAGAAAGUUCACAACAACUUCAUGGAUGAGAAGGACCGGGUCAUAACCCAGAUAUAUAAUGAGAGCAAGGAACGGGCUAGGUCCAUCGGCUUCCAGAAGCAGCAGGAGCUACUGCGGCAGAAGCAUGCCGAAUUCGCCCAGCGAAACAGCGCUAUCUCCAAGCAGGUUCCAGGAGGAGCCUUGGACUCUGGGAGGGAAACGGCUCCCCCCAUCUCCACUGCCAAAUGAAAAGAAAAACUGAGUUGGACCUGAAAUCCUCAAGCC